AUUGAACAUCAGGGACUCCCUCUUCUUAAGUUGUUCCUUCACCUUUCUUAUAUUCAGGAAAGUAAGAUCAUCUGCAUCGCCGACGCUUCUAACAAUAACAAUGGCCGAUAAUGCAACAACGCAAGGAAGCAACACCCUAUUUUCUCCUUACAAGAUGGCCAAAUUCAACCUCUCUCAUAGGGUGGUGUUGGCUCCUAUGACAAGAUGCAGAGCGUUGAACUGGAUUCCACAGGCAGCGCUUGCUGAAUACUACGCUCAAAGAUCAACACCAGGUGGAUUUCUCAUCAGCGAAGGCACCUUGAUCUCCCCCACUGCUCCUGGGUUUCCCCAUGUUCCCGGGAUAUAUUCAGAUGAACAAGUGGAGGCGUGGCGAAACAUAGUGGAUGCCGUGCAUGCCAAAGGCAGCAUUAUCUUCUGUCAACUUUGGCAUGUUGGCCGUGCCUCUCAUCCAGUGUAUCAACCUGGUGGAGCUCCACCAAUUUCGUCCACCAGCAAGCCCAUAUCGGCGAGGUGGAGGAUUCUGCUUCCCGAUGGGUCCUAUGGUGUGUACCCAGAGCCUCGUGCACUUAGCACUUCUGAGAUACCUGAAAUAGUGCAGCAUUAUCGCCAAGCAGCAAUUAAUGCAAUUCGAGCAGGUUUUGAUGGAAUCGAGAUUCAUGGGGCACAUGGGUAUCUCAUUGAUCAAUUCUUAAAGGAUGGAAUCAAUGAUCGAACAGAUGAAUAUGGUGGAUCACUAGCAAACCGGUGCAGGUUCCUAAUGCAGGUGGUUCAAGCAGUUGUUUCUGCUAUUGGUGCGGAAAGAGUUGCUGUCAGAAUUUCACCAGCAAUUGAUCACCUUGAUGCCAUUGAUUCUGACCCACUUAAGCUAGGCUUGGCAGUGGUUGAGAGACUCAACAAUUUCCAGAAAGAACUGGGCAGAAAACUCACUUAUCUUCAUGUUACUCAGCCUCGAUACACAGCUUAUGGCCAAACCGAGUCAGGUAGACCUGGGAGUGAAGAGGAGGAGGCUCAUUUGAUGCAGAACUUGAGAAAGGCUUAUGAGGGAACAUUCAUGUGUAGUGGUGGCUUUACUAGGAAGUUGGGAAUGGAAGCUGUAGCUGAAGGCCAUGCUGACUUGGUAUCCUAUGGUCGACUUUUCAUCUCCAAUCCAGACUUGGUUUUAAGGCUUAAGCUUAAUGCACCUCUUACCAAGUAUAACAGGAAGACAUUUUACACCCAGGAUCCUGUUAUAGGAUACACAGAUUAUCCUUUCCUAAGCAAAGAAAGUGAGACAAAGGAGCCAAGGGCACGCCUUUAACUGUAAUGUUCUUUGACUUUUUGAAUAGUCAUAUUGUCGUCAUAUGUAUAAUUAAUUGGAGUAUCCCAAUCUCAAGUGAAUGUCUUCAUUAUGAAAAUCUUAUUGCCUGUAUAGUCAUCUAUAUUGCCUGCAAGCUGCAUCUCUGUAUUUAUUGUUGAAUUACGUUGUAUAAUAAUUUUAAUCCAAUAUCUGUCUGUCCCUUCUUAAUAUAGGGGACUAUGUUUCUUUUUUUCUUUUUCAGCAAGAGAUUAAUGAUGUAACCAAUGAAACCUGGGAAAAUUAUAAUGCUAUAUAGCUUCUGUCUCA